UGCUCCUGAACUUUCUUGUGUGUGUGGAGGACAGGGGUUAAGGGUAGGGGCAGGGGGAUAGACUUGCUUGAGGCAUAUUUAGAGGCUUUCUUGGAUUGAGUGUUUCCCACAGAUAACUACCCCGUUUUGUUACUGUUGUUUAAUGUUGAUUCUUACCGGUUGCAGAUUUCAAAGCAUCUCUUUAAUCUUGUCUGGGUCAAAACUCAUUUGGACCUUUCUGUGUAAUGGCCAGUGAGGCAGCACAGGGAGUGGAAAUAGCACUGAUCUGAGAACCUAGUUGUGGGCUCUGCUCCCAGCUCUGCUUCCUGGCGUUUUCUCCCAUCCAUUUCCUCACCAGCACAAGAAACUCUCCCUCAGGUUUUCACAAGGACAUGAGGGGAUACGUGCUAGAGAGAUAUAUCUGCAAAGUAGAUUCAGCUUCUAGUUUCAUUUGUUAUGCAUUGUUUAGCAGAACAGAAUCUGGUAACUGAUGAUAGUUGCAUGAGAAGAUGAAAUAAUUUCCUUCCUCUUUUCUAAGUUUAUCUCCUAAACCUCACUGGAUUCUGCACCAGUUCUGGAAUGACUUUGGAGUACCAAAUGUUUCAGAAUAUACAUCCUGGCAGACUGUGGCUGCUUCAACCACUGACAAUUUUGCUGCUGCUGGCUUCUGAUAGGCGAGCUGCUGCUCUCCCAAAGGCUGUGGUGAAACUCGAGCCCCCAUGGACCCAUGUGCUCCAGGAGGACUACGUGACUCUGAGGUGCCAGGGGGCCCACACCCCUGGGAACAACUCCGCCCAGUGGUUCCACAAUGGGAGCUCCAUCCCCACCCAGGUCCAGGCCAGCUACAGAUUUAAGGCCAAGAGAGAUGACAGCGGGAAGUACAGGUGCCAGACAGGCCAGACCAGCCUCAGCGACCCUGUGUAUCUGGGCGUACUUUCCGUCCUGAUUGAAGAAGAAGGUUACAAGGCCACAAACAGGCAGCUGAGUACGAAAGAAGCAGAAGGUACUACUUCAUAA